AGAAGAAGAGCCCGCAGACCGGAAGUAGAUAGAGGCCCACACUCCACUGUUCUCCCAGAUGGUGUCAGUGGUCCUGAGUUCGGUUCUGACUCGGUCCAGACAGCGUGUAUAGCCUCUACCAGACUCAGUUCUUCGGAUAACACUUUUGGAGUAAAAUAAGAGGCCGAAAAGGCGCCAAGCAGCAAACGACAGCAACAUCAAACGCUCCCGAAGGCCCGGCCCCCCGCAGCUUCCGAAGGCCCGGCCGCCCGCAGCUCCUGGACGGACAUGAGUAGCUCUGCCCAGAGGAAGAGAAGGCCCACCGAAAGUCCUCGGGUCUCCAGGCCCAGCAUCAAGACCAGCAGAGUUGCUCAAUCCAGGAGAGCGGUCAACCGGGGGACUCAUACCGGUGCAGACUCCGCUCCCCCUGCCGAGACCAUCGACGUGAUGGACAACACGGACGACGGUGUGGAGGAGGUGGUGGACCUUACCUGUGAGGGAGCAGAAGCUGCUGUGGUGGACCUGACCAACAACAACGACUCUGUGCUGCUGGUGGAUGAGGAUCCUCAGAGCAGCACAGUCCCUGCAGGUGAGAGCUACGUCCUGAGCAGUGAUGAAGAUGAGGACACGCCCCUUUUCAGCAGCGCCGCCACCGCGGCGGCCGCACAUGCAUCAAGGUCGACGCCAGGCCUGAUCAGCUGUCCGGUCUGUCUGGAUCUGUACUCUGAGAUUGUCGGGAGUGGCCGGUUGGUCGUCUCCACAAAGUGUGGUCACGUCUUCUGCAGCCAGUGUCUAAGAGACUCUCUGACCUCCUCGCACACCUGCCCCACCUGCAGGAAGAGACUCACCUCCCGACAGUACCACCCCCUCUACGUCUGAGCGUGAUGCCGGCGGGAACCCAGCUGCUACUGGACACCGCCGCGUCCGCUCUGUGAUGUCAUCAACAGUGACUUUUGCUUUUUUCAGCCAGACUCCUCCUGGUGAUGGAUUGUUUGAAGGUGAUGGAGCUGAGCUCAGAUUAGUUUAAGUUUGAAUAAAACGUCUGGCUGAAGUGGACCCGUCUGAACUCUGCACCCAUUUAAACAGGACAGACGCUGCACAGAGCUUCAAGCUUUAAACGAGCACGGCCGUGUGAGCAAACGGCUGUCUUUGGGGCAACAGCCGCCUCGGCGGUGUUGAACAGUGAUUGAAAGAUUGUUUGUCCUGUUUGACUCGUUUGUUCGCAUGUUUUCACUUGCAAACCGUUCAAAGAAAUCGGCACAAAUAAAAAAAGCAGAAUUGUUUUAAUUCAGGGGGGAAAAAAUCUCCUUAGUUUUGUGCGACGGUUAUCAAAACGGUCACCAGCAUGACCAUUUUAAAGUCAUGUAACAGAAACCUGAAUUUAAAGAGUCUCGGUCACUUCAAAGACUUCUGUCAGCUUUUCUUCAGCUCUCAGCUGCCGAUCUUCAUCCUUCUGCAGAACCCAGUCUGAGAUCACCAGGACCGCAUCCUUCUGGGUAGACGGCAGAAUUCAUAUGAUCAGUUACCAUGGCAACAGUCUUCGAACAGCAAAGCAGCCCCAAACCAUGGCCCUACCACCGCCAUGACCGACUGUUGACCUUUUACUGAAAUGUUAGCUUCACAUUCACUGUGGUUCCCCAGAGGAUCAAAGCUGCAGAAAUGUUAGAUUGAAGUUAUUUAAAGAGGAUGAUGACUUUUUGUAAAACCCAAUUAAAACAAGUUAAAUGAG